AGCCUACUAGAUCCUUAGGGGCAGCCCUGCUGGCCUGGUGCAGGCUGGCCUGGCUUAGCCACACGUGCACCAUGAAGUACCCUUUGGUGCCGCUGGUAAACGACCUCACCUUUUCUUUCCUGGUUUCCUGGCUGUGCCUCCCUGUGGGUUUGCUGUUAUUCUUGCUGAUCGUCUGGCUACGCUUCUUACUUAGGCAAGAUUCAGAGGGAAAUGACUCAGACUUAUGUUUGGAUUGGGAGCCCUGGAGCAAAGGCCCAGGCAAGGUUCACUGGAAGGGGGCCCAGCCCAGCCCAGAGGAAGAGCAGCUCUGCGGGUGAGCCGGCUCUGCCAGCUUGGCUUUUCCUGCAUCAUCUGGGCUGUGGUUGUGGCCAAAAUGGAUGGGAGAGACUGUCCAGGGAGGGAAGAGGACUCUGGUGACUGCAGUGCCUCCCUGGAACCCCCAACCCAUGUGCUCUGCAGGCAGACAUCUGGAAGCCUCUCAGGACACCUCCCAGGCCCCCCAGGGAGGAGACAGGAGGAGCAGGCUCAUGGGGAGAAGCUGGCCAACUGGAUUCAGAGAGGCCCUAGGACAGGACGGGGCCAGUGGGUGGAGGUCCAUAUUAAAGAAGUGAGGGGCUUUCUGUGCUCCGGGGCCUCUGGCAAACCUGCUGGGCCC